GACUGUUCUUUAAUAAACACAAAGGUAUUUCGAUAACAAGCUGCGCAGAAGCGUGUCUCUUGAUAACUCGACAGCUUGUCUGAAUUACUCAAGAAUUUGUUAUUGCACUUUUGUCCAAGCUAGACCGCACGUACCUCGUGAAAAGAAGUGUUGCUUUGAGGAGACAUGCAGGUAGAAAACAAAAUUGCACUAGUCACAGGGGGAGCCAGAGGAAUAGGCUUCGCCUACGCAACGGAACUCUUGCGAAACGGAGCUGCGCACGUGGCCAUCCUGGAUUUAGCAACGUCUCCGGGUCUAGAAGCAGCGAAUAAAUUGAACGUCGAAUUCGGCGAUGGGCGAGCUAUCUUCAUCGAAUGCGACGUGACGAAGGACACCGAAUUCAAAGCUGCGUUCGUCAAGGUGAUCGAGGAACUGGGUGGACUUGAUAUUGUUAUAAACAACGCUGGCAUAGUGAACGAAUCGCAAUACGAUCUGACGAUUAAUAUUAAUCUCACCGCCGUGGUAAGAGGGACGAUACUGGGUUUGCAGCACAUGGGAAAGGACAAGGGUGGCAAGGGUGGCGUUAUAGUCAACACCUCUUCUAUCUAUGGUCUCGACCCGGGGCCUUGGCUGCCAGUUUACGGGGCGACCAAACACGGGGUUGUUGGCUUGAGUCGAUCUUUCGGGUUACCGUACCAUUACGAAAAGACGGGGGUUAAAGUGCUGGCGAUGUGUCCGUCGUUCACAGACACAAAGUUAUUAAAUGAAAUCGGUGACUGUACGGGUCCUUUCGUGGACAAGGAAGCGGCUAUGAAUGACAUCAAGAAUCAGUCACUUCAGAAGCCGGAGAACGUUGGCAAGGCUUUGGUGGAUAUAAUAUCAAGAGGAAACAGCGGCAGUGUAUGGAUUUCGGAGGCCGGAGAGCCGGUAGCGGAGAUUUUCAUCCCUGACCGUUUCACCCUCGUGGCCUCGUCGAGGAAGCAGCCUUGACUCGUGUUUUCGUUCGACGCGUGAAGUAAAAACCUGCGUUACUCUUGCGCGUCUUUAUUGUACCGUUGCACAUUGUAGUUUGACUCAAAUUUUUGCUGCCAGAUAUCUGGAAAUGUUCGAGGCUCUUCAAUAAAUUACUUCACAGUUUCACGAGA